AUGCUCCACCGCGCACGCUCCCUCUCCUCGCCCCUCGUCCGCCUAGCCAGCCCGCGCACGACCUCUCUUGCACGACUAGCAAGCCUACGGCAUGCUUCGACAGCAGGGAACGAGGACGACGAGGGAGCAGGCCGGCCGCGAGGGAAAGUCCUCCUCGACGAACAUGGGAUCGAGCGCAGGGCGCUGCCUCCUUUGGGCUUUGACGGCAAGCCUAUAAAGCCCUCGUUGUCGUCGAAUUGGACGGAGCCGGAGGAAGCGGCGAAGCUGAAGGCGAAAAAGCCGAGGAAGGCUACGACGCCGCUGAAGAAGAAGGCGAAAAGAGUGGACGAAGGCGAGGUGGGCGUCGAGGCGGAGAUAGGAGCUGAGGACGCUCUGGCGAAGAGAGGGCGGAAGAAGCAAGGCGCGCAGGAAGACGCAGAAGAGGGGGUCGAGGGGAUGAGCCACCAUCGGAAAAGGUUGACAGAGCUCGAGAAGCAGAUCAAGGGCAUCACAGAGCAGUACCCGGAUGCUCUCGUCCUGACGCAGGUCGGGUCGUUCUACGAGGCCUACUGGGAACAAGCGAAGCUCGUCGCCAAACUUCUCGGCAUGCGCCUUGCGAGCAAGUCCUUCGGCGAGGCCAAAGCUCCCAUGGCUGGCUUCCCGCUCACGCAGAUGGUGAAGCACGCUUCGACACUCGUCCAGCAAGGUCACAAGGUCGUCAUCGUCGACGAGUUCCAGGAUCUGCUGCGACAAAGAAAGGGUCUCAUUGACAGGCGGGUCAGCCGGGUCAUCACGCCCGGAACCGGCGUCGACGAGGCGUUCGUCAAGAUCGAGAGCUCGAACUUUGUCCUCGCGCUCGGCGUCGUCGACGGCUCGAGCGAGGAAGAAACGAUCGGCAUGGCGUAUCGCGAUGUUUCGACCGGCGCUUCCUUCACACGGACGUCGACGUUGGCGACGCUGCGCGAUAGUAUCCUCCUCGUCCAGCCAAAGGAGGUCGUUGUCGACGAGCAGCUCGGCGCAACGGUACUCGGCAAGCAAAUCAGCGAACUCCUCGAGGCUGAGCGAAUUCGCGAGGGUACAAUGAUCUCGACGACCUCGACCGACGCCAUUCCCUCCUCCUCUCGCAAAACGCCUUCAGCUAUGCAGACCGCCGAAUCCGUCCUCCUCGCCUACCUCGCAAGAACGCUCGUCGCCAACCCUCCUCCCCGAACGAAGUCGACCUAUGUCGACCCCGCCACCGUCAUGCAGAUGGACGCCGUCACUCUGCAGUCGCUCGAGAUCAGGGAGAGCUUGCGGGGCGGUCUUCGCGGUAGCUUGUUAGGAACGGUGAAGCGGACGGUCACGCCUGGCGGAACACGUCUGCUGGCGGACCGACUUUGCAACCCUUCCACCGACCUUCCGACGAUCUAUCAGCGACAAGCUCUCGCUCAAGCCGGCCUGGGCAGUCUCUCCGUCGCACGACCAUACAUCCGGGGCGUCCUCCGAUCUCUCGAUGAUACGCCUCGCCUGCUUCAGCGAUUAGCGAUGAAACGCCCGUCCGCCGCGAGCGAUCUCUGCGGGCUGAAGCGGACGAUGCGUGCGCUCGACACGAUCAAGCUCGAGAUCUCGCGAGCUCUGCCCAAAUCGGCCGUCGACGCUGAGGCGAACGGCUGGACCGUCGCGCAGAUCCGGGCGAUUCGCGAGCUCGUCGAGAAGUUGGGGCAGUACCCGGUUCUGGCUGGCGAAAUCGAGGCUGCGAUCGAUGAGGAGGCUUUGAACAAGUUGGAGGACGCGCAGGAGCUCAAGGCUGCGGAGCUGGCCGAGCUAGGCGAGACUCACGUUGCGAAGACGGAGGAGAAGAAGAGGAAGGCGCUGAAGAGGGGACAAGUCUGGGGCGACGAGGAGCCCUGGUAUGUGCGCCCUGCGUACUCGGCCAAGCUCCAGGAACUCCACGACAAGCUGCAAAGGCUUCGACUCGCGGCGACCGACCUACAAUGUGACUUGCAGGAACAUUAUAACGCGCCACAGCUAUGGCUUCGGGAUUACAAGAACACGCCGACUGUGCGGGCGGAGGCGAAGGACGGCUGGACCAAGCUGGAUGAGGACAAGCGUCUCGUCAUUGUCUCGCGAACGAACAGAACGCGCGACUACGUCUCCAGCGACUGGUCCAGCCUUUACAAGGAGAUCGAAAGUACGCAGAGCAAGAUCCGCCGGAUUGAAAUCGACGCAGCGCAGGUCUUGAUCGCACGAGUACUCGAACACUUUGACGACCUGACCGCAACUGGCGACGCUCUCGCAGAGCUCGACGUCGCUCUGGGGUUCGCCGAAGUCGCGGAGGAGCUUGACUGGGUCAAGCCGGAAAUGGACGACAGCCGGACACUCGAGAUCGUCAAUGGCCGGCAUCCGACCGUCGAGGCCGCUCUUGCCGCGCAGAACCGCGCUUUCCACGCCAAUUCGCUGACGAUGCGUCAUCCAGACGACGCAGCGGAACAGCCGUCGUUCAUUCAUGUUUUGACAGGCCCGAACAUGGCUGGGAAGAGUACCUUCCUGCGACAGACCGCCCUCAUCGCCAUUCUUGCCCAGAGCGGCUCGUACAUCCCCGCCGAGAGCGCGCGCAUCGGUGUCUUCGACCGCAUCUUCAGCCGAGUCGGCGCUCGAGACGAGCUGGACCGUGAUAGGUCGACCUUCAUGAUCGAGAUGGACGAGGCGACGAGUAUUCUCGAGAUGGCUACACCGCACUCGCUGGUGCUGCUCGACGAACUCGGCCGCGGAACUUCUCCCAUCGACGGCCUCGCUAUCGCCUACGCCGCCCUCGAGCAUCUCACUCACGUCAAUCGAUCUCGCACCCUCUUCGCAACGCAUUACCACCGCCUAGGCCAGCUUCUCGGUUACGAGGAGGAGAACCCUCGGGGUCAGGGCGAGUGGAACGGAGUCGAGUUCUGGUGCACGGAUGUGGAGGAGUCCGAGGAAUCGGUCCGCUACCUCCACGCCAUCCGUCGAGGUCUCAACAGCGAUUCGGCAGGUCUCGUCGUCGCCCGUCUCGCAGGCAUGCCGGCACGAGCGAUCCUCGAGGCGCGGAAGAUUCGGGACAUGUUGCUGGUCGACGGGCAGGUGUACUAG